UGAUCUUCUUCGUGAUACUAGCUAACACCUGCAGCACCUCAGCCAUAAUAGCUACUUCUUUGAAAGUCAAAAUGGCUUUGGCAGCUACAUGCAGCAGGUCAGUCAUAUUUGUCAACCGCAAGAUUCCGUAUACUUUGAGGAAAACCAGUCUGUUGUUUUCAACUAAUGACACUAUUCUAGCUGACCAGGGGAGGAGACCACCAUCAAAGAAACAGUGGAGAAAACGUCAAAAGAAACCUCCCUGGACUGAUCAUCUGUCCUGGGAGGAAAGGCUGGCUGAUGUGGUUACCCCCCUGUGGAGGCUGAGUUAUGAUGAGCAACUUGAGCUCAAGCAAAAGCACCAGGAAAGGAUACUGUCUCAGCUCUCUGGGUAUCUCUCAGGUGACUUACAAACACAAUUCUCAUCACCUGUCAGAAGUAAACUCAGGUUCCCUGUCCUGCCUAUUCUGCCAUCGCCAGUGAGGGAUGGCUACCGCAACAAGUCUACGUUUUCUGUCAACAGAGGAGUGGAUGGAAAUCCAAAAACAGUCGGAUUUUACAUGGGCACAGGCAGGGAGGGAAACAUUGUCUGCAUCAACGGAGACCACCUGCUCAACAUGCCGGAGAAGCACAAACUGGUAGCCAGAGGCUACCAGGACUUCAUCCGCCUCUCUUCCCUGGAGCCCUGCCUGCUGUUCCACACUGGGGGUCACUGGAGAGAGGUCACGGUGAGGACCAACGCAGAGGGCCGCACCAUGGCUAUAGUGUACUUUCAUCCACAGAUGCUCACCCCAGAAGAGGUGGCAAUGCAUAAGGCUGACCUGGCGGAUUACUUCACGCGGGGGCCUGGAUCAGUCUGUCAGCUGGACUCACUGUUCUUCCAGGAGAGCACCAUGACUCGCUGCACUCAUGAGGAAUCCCCCUACCAGCUCCUGCAUGGUCAGCCUCACAUAUACGAGGAGGUGCUGGGCUUCAAGUUCCGCAUUUCUGCCGAUGCCUUUUUCCAGGUGAACCAGGCAGCUGCUGAGGUGCUGUAUGGCACAGUGAGAGACCUGUGUGUCCCAAACCACGAGCAAGGUGGAGGAAGAACAAAAGUUGGUGGUACUCUCCUAGAUGUGUGCUGUGGGACGGGUGCCAUCGGAAUUACUAUAUCUCCCAGAGUGGACAGAAUUAUUGGUAUAGAGCUCAUAGAACAGGCAGUGGAAGAUGCUAGACACAACGCAGCUCUCAAUAAUGUACUGAACUGUGAGUUUAUCCCUGGGAAGGCAGAGGUGGUGCUUCCUGGCCCUAUGCCUCAGUUGAUCGCCGCAGGUGGAGGCCUUGUGGCAGCUGUUGUAAACCCUGCUCGAGCUGGCCUGCACCAGAGAGUGGUCCGAGCUUUACGAAACCAACCUGCUAUCCGCAGGCUGGUGUAUGUGUCCUGUAAACCGGAUGGAGAGGCUAUGAGGAACUUCAGGGAGCUUUGCUGUGCUCCUGACCCGCAGAAGAAACUCACAGGAGAGGCAUUUUCUCCAACUCUGGCUGUACCUGUGGAUAUGUUCCCACAUACUCCUCAUUGCGAACUGGUGCUACUUUUUGAGAGGUAACAAAUACUUUUUGUUCAGAUGUGGGCUUCAACCCUUCAACAACAUCUCUGGUUGCUUUAGAAAGCUAAUAUGUAGUUGAGUAAUGAUGCACUGUAUGCUAGAUGAUAAUGCAAAUGUAACCACCUACAAAAAUCUUACACUCACGGUUCACCCACACACAUGUUUUCACUUAUUUACUUGAUUAGACCUCCUUUUGGGACUUUGUAGUAGGGCUGCAACAAAUGAAUAUUUUCAUUCUCGAUUAAUCUGUCAAUUCUUUUUUUCCAUUGAUCAUUUGGUGUAUAAAAUAUCAGAAAUUAGAGCCCAAGGGGACAUUUUCAAGUUGCUUGUUUUGUCUAACUAACAAUACAAAACACAAAGAUAUUCAAUUUACAGUCAUAUAAAACAGAAAUCCUUACAUUUGAGAAGUUGGAACCAGCAAUGGUGGCUGGCGAUUAAUUUUCUUCUGAUCGACUAAUCGGCUCUGCUUGCCUGUUCAUUUAGAUAACUUACACCUUUAUUAAUCUUACAGUGCAUCUGGAUAGUAUUCACAGCGCUUCACUUUUUCCACAUUUUGUUAUAUUACAGCCUUAUUCCAAAAUGGAUAAAAUUCAUUUUUUUCCUCAAAAUUCUACAAACAAUACCCCAUAAUGA